AAGCAUUUAUUCCACUGGGAUAGGAGCGGCAGGAGCAGCGUUGGCACCGGCGAACCAUGGCAGGGAUUUUCUAUUUCGUCCUCUUUUCGUUUCUUUUUGGGGUUUGCGACGCUGUCACCGGUUCUAGGGUGUACCCCGCGAAUGAAGUUACCUUAUUGGAUUCCAGAUCGGUGCAGGGAGAGCUUGGGUGGAUAGCGAGUCCUCUGGAAGGAGGGUGGGAGGAAGUGAGUAUUAUGGAUGAAAAAAAUACACCAAUCCGAACCUACCAAGUGUGCAACGUGAUGGAACCCAGCCAGAACAACUGGCUACGAACUGAUUGGAUCACCAGAGAAGGGGCUCAGAGGGUCUACAUUGAGAUCAAGUUCACGCUGAGGGACUGCAACAGUCUCCCAGGUGUCAUGGGGACUUGCAAGGAGACCUUUAACCUGUACUACUAUGAGUCAGAUAACGACAAAGAGCGCUUCAUCAGAGAGAGCCAGUUUGCCAAGAUUGACACCAUUGCUGCUGACGAGAGCUUCACUCAAGUGGACAUCGGAGACAGAAUCAUGAAACUGAACACAGAGAUCCGGGAUGUAGGGCCGUUGAGCAAAAAGGGCUUUUAUCUGGCUUUUCAGGAUGUAGGGGCCUGCAUAGCCCUGGUGUCCGUUCGCGUGUUCUACAAGAAGUGUCCUCUCACUGUUCGCAAUCUGGCCCAGUUCCCGGACACCAUCACAGGAGCCGACACCUCUUCCCUGGUGGAAGUUCGAGGUUCCUGCGUCAACAACUCAGAAGAGAAGGAUGUGCCAAAAAUGUACUGUGGGGCAGAUGGUGAGUGGCUGGUCCCCAUUGGCAACUGCCUGUGCAAUGCUGGCCACGAAGAGCAGAGUGGAGAAUGCCAAGCUUGCAAGAUCGGAUAUUACAAGGCUCUCUCCACGGAUGCCACCUGUGCCAAGUGCCCACCCCACAGCUACUCUGUCUGGGAAGGUGCCACUUCAUGCACCUGCGAUCGAGGCUUUUUCAGAGCUGACAACGAUGCUGCCUCUAUGCCCUGCACUCGCCCACCAUCUGCUCCUCUCAAUCUGAUUUCGAAUGUAAAUGAGACAUCCGUGAACUUGGAAUGGAGCAGUCCUCAGCAUACAGGUGGUCGUCAGGAUAUCUCCUACAAUGUGGUGUGCAAGAAAUGUGGAGCUGGCGACCCCAGCAAGUGCCGACCCUGUGGAAGUGGGGUCCAUUAUACACCCCAGCAGAAUGGCCUGAAGACGACCAAAGUCUCCAUCACCGAUCUUCUGGCUCAUACCAACUACACGUUUGAAAUCUGGGCUGUGAAUGGAGUGUCUAAAUACAACCCCAGCCCAGACCAAUCUGUUUCUGUCACAGUGACAACCAACCAAGCAGCUCCAUCAUCCAUUGCUUUGGUCCAAGCUAAAGAAGUCACAAGAUAUAGUGUGGCGUUGGCCUGGUUGGAACCAGAUCGACCCAAUGGGGUUAUCUUGGAGUAUGAGGUCAAAUAUUAUGAAAAGGAUCAGAAUGAGCGAAGCUAUCGUAUUGUUCGGACAGCUGCCAGGAACACAGAUAUCAAAGGCCUGAACCCUCUGACGUCCUAUGUUUUCCAUGUGAGAGCCAGGACAGCAGCUGGCUAUGGGGACUUCAGUGAGCCCUUGGAAGUCACAACCAACACAGUGCCUUCCCGGAUCAUUGGAGACGGGGCCAACCCCACAGUCCUCCUGGUCUCCGUCUCAGGCAGUGUGGUGCUGGUGGUCAUCCUCAUUGCAGCUUUUGUCAUCAGCAGGAGGCGGAGCAAAUACAGUAAAGCAAAGCAAGAAGCAGAUGAAGAGAAACAUUUAAAUCAAGGUGUUAGAACUUAUGUGGAUCCCUUUACAUAUGAAGAUCCCAACCAAGCAGUUCGAGAAUUUGCCAAAGAAAUAGAUGCCUCCUGUAUUAAGAUUGAAAAAGUCAUAGGUGUUGGUGAAUUUGGUGAAGUGUGCAGUGGGCGUCUCAAAGUGCCUGGCAAGAGGGAGAUCUGUGUGGCCAUCAAGACUCUGAAAGCUGGUUAUACAGACAAGCAGAGAAGAGAUUUCCUCAGUGAGGCCAGCAUCAUGGGACAGUUUGACCAUCCAAACAUUAUUCACUUGGAAGGUGUCGUCACCAAAUGUAAACCAGUGAUGAUCAUUACAGAAUACAUGGAGAACGGCUCCUUGGAUGCCUUCCUCAGGAAGAAUGAUGGCAGAUUUACAGUCAUUCAGCUGGUGGGCAUGCUUCGUGGCAUUGGGUCUGGGAUGAAGUAUUUAUCUGACAUGAGCUAUGUGCAUCGUGAUCUGGCUGCUCGGAACAUCCUGGUAAACAGCAACUUGGUCUGCAAAGUGUCUGAUUUUGGCAUGUCACGGGUGCUGGAGGAUGACCCGGAAGCGGCGUAUACCACCAGGGGUGGCAAGAUUCCUAUCCGGUGGACCGCGCCAGAGGCAAUUGCCUAUCGUAAAUUCACAUCAGCAAGUGAUGUAUGGAGCUAUGGAAUUGUCAUGUGGGAAGUGAUGUCAUACGGAGAGAGACCCUAUUGGGAUAUGUCCAAUCAAGAUGUGAUUAAAGCCAUUGAAGAAGGCUACCGGCUACCCCCUCCGAUGGACUGCCCCAUUGCCCUCCACCAGCUGAUGCUAGACUGCUGGCAGAAGGAGAGAAGCGACAGGCCUAAAUUCGGGCAGAUUGUCAACAUGUUGGACAAACUCAUCCGCAAUCCCAACAGCUUGAAGAGGACUGGGACGGAGAGCUCCAGACCUAACACUGCCUUACUGGAUCCCAGCUCCCCUGAAUUCUCUGCCGUGGUAUCAGUGGGCGAUUGGCUACAGGCCAUUAAAAUGGACCGGUAUAAGGAUAACUUCACAGCUGCUGGUUAUACCACACUAGAGGCUGUGGUGCACAUGAACCAGGAUGACCUGGCAAGAAUUGGCAUCACAGCCAUCACCCACCAGAAUAAGAUCUUGAGCAGUGUCCAGGCGAUGCGAACCCAAAUGCAGCAGAUGCAUGGUAGAAUGGUUCCUGUCUGAGCCAGUGCUGAACAAACUCAAAACUCUUGAAAUUAGUUUACCUCAUCCAUGCACUUUAAUUGAAGAACUGCACUUUUUUUACUUCGUCUUCGCCCUCUGAAAUUAAAGA